CGCUAACGCCAUAGACAAAGAAAACAACAACAACAACGACGUUAAUAUUAGGAAAAAAAGAAAUGGAGGCAACUUCCUCUGUUGUUAACUUAAAGCCAGGAUACUCAAAUCUCUGUAUCAAAGUUCUUACAAAAUCAGAUGUAAAAACAUCUGCGAAAGAUGUGAAAUAUGGAGUUUUACAUCUAUCUGAUGAGACAGGGACUGUAAGAGCAACAUGUUUUGGUGAUAAGACAACCGACAUCCUCGGAUCCUUUGAAGUCGGACAGGUGUACAAAAUUAAAAAUGUGUACAUAAAAAAUGUACCAGAGCAGUACAUUGACUAUCAGAAACUUUCAACAGUAAAAGUUGAAAUAAACAUCACCGAUAAAUCGGUAAUUGAGCAUUUGCCAGCCGUUGAACUCCUCACUAAGCAGAAAGAACAAGAAUUUUUAAAUAUAAAAAAUAUUUUUUCAAUGAAGCCCAACUCCUUGGUUAAUUUGUGUGCUGUACCUAUUGCUCAAGGAGAGAUUUUUAAAAUUGAAAGUAAAAACUUGCAGUGCAGAGAAGUUACUCUAAUUGACAAUUCAAAUUGCUCUUGUAAAUUGUCGCUGUUUGAGGAUGAUGUAAAUCGUAUGGUGUUACACCAACCAGUUGAAAUUCAUGAUGCGAAAAUAAAAAUUUACAAAGAUCAGGUGUCAUUAACAACAUCAACAAGAACAAAGUUCAUUUCAACUGUCAACAAAAGAUUAGAAGAUCUGAAAUUAUGGUUCGAAACAUGUGGCAGUGACCUGACAGUUCCAGAGCAGAGCUGUGAGCCCAGAACCAAGGAAAUAAAAAUAACUGAUAUUCCAUCAAUUGAGGUCCCAUUUCUGAAAAUUAAGUUUGUUGCCAAAAUAUUUGGUGUGCGAAAGGAUAAUACAAGUUAUCAAGGUUGUCCAAAUCCGUCAUGCCACCAUGCAUUGAAAACACUGCCCAAUAAAAAGUUAUUUUGCUACAGUUGCGGCAAGGCGUACUCUAAAGCAUGUCACAGAUACAAGAACUUUUUCAUGUUAAAAGACAAUGACUCUGAAUUCAAAAUGGGGGCAACUGGGUUUGAUAUGGUUGGGAAAAAACUUUUUGGUAUAGAGUGUGAAGAAUUUGUAACUCUUGAGGAGUGCGAUCAAAGGGCAUUGUUAGAAUCAGUCGUAGGAGAUAUUUAUGUCUUCGAAUGCUCUUAUACAAAGGAUUCAAAAUCAUUGACAAUUACUAGUGUACAAGAAAGAAAUGAGUGUCAAGAACUAUUGACAGAUGAUGAAGAAAUAAAUGAUGGUGCAGAAUCUUCACUGCCUCCACCUCCUAAAAAAUUGUAUAGACCCUGGUCCUUGGAUGACAAUAAUAAUGAUGAUGAGCCUUGUCAUAAGGUGCAACGAACCGAUCAAAGAGACACGCCUGUGAAAAAUGAAAAAAGUGAAUGUGACAGUGUUAAAAGAAAGCUUUUUCAAGAUUGAGAAAGAACAGUUCAUUGGUAAUUUUGUGUAAUUUUCUAUUGCUAGUCGUGCCACAACAGUUGAACAUGCUAUUGACCUAUUGUGGGCAGUUUGACAAAUUACAUUGAAGAUGUAUGUACAUUUCACUUUUAUCUGUUAGCAAGACUUUUAGUUUAAUUAUUUGUGUUCAUUUUGCUAAGAAAUCAUUAGCAUAGUGGGAAAGCAAGGUAAAUUGUUAGAUUGUAGUAUGUACUAUUAUUAAAUAAAAAUUUGU